AUGAGUCGGUUUGGAUUAGCGGCCUUCGAUGACCAGCAAAGGAAGGAAAAAUUUGAAGGGGUCGGUACUGCUGUGCUGGAAAGACAGUCGGCUGAGCUCGAGGACCAGUUGACAGUCUUUCAGGAAAGGUUGGUAAAAUUUGCUAGAAAGCAUAACCGUGAGAUUAGAGCCAAUCCUGAGUUCAGGUCGAAGUUGUUGCGAAUGUGUGCGCCAUUGGGUAUUGACCCCCUUAGUUUGUUCGAUAAGGAUGAACAUCUGUUCAAUUUGAAUGACUUCUACUACGAGAUAUGCGUGAGGAUCAUCGAAAUCUGCAGAGAAACCAAGGAUAUGAAUGGCGGAAUCAUUUCCUUUAAUGAAUUGGAGGAAGGCUUUUUCAAGGGCCUUAAUGUGACAGCAGCAGACUUGGGAAAGUCAACUGAAAUGCUGAAGAGUUUGGAUGGUGGUUUCGAGCUAUUUGAGAUAAGAGGUAAAAAAUACUUGAGAAGUGUUCCAAACGAGCUGACGGGUGAUCAAACGAAAAUUCUGGAAAUAUGCUCAAUCUUGGGUUACGCCAGUAUUUCGUUACUGAAAGCGAACUUGAAUUGGAAAGCCGUCAGAAGCAAAGCAGUUCUCGAUGAGAUGGUGGCAAACGGCCUUCUUUGGGUGGACGACCAAGCAGAUGCUGAGGUUCUCUAUUGGGAUCCAUCUUGGAUUGCUACGAAAAAGUGGCAUGCAACUUAG